CUUCCGUCGGCCGCUCGCACUUCGCUCCGGUGCUCCCACGGCACUGCCGAGUCCCGGCCCCGCAGAGCUCAGGGCGGCUUGGCCUCGAUGGUGCCUACUGAAUGUCACAGCCCCCGGUUCGGGAGCUCCCGGUGUGUGCCCUGGACCCGCUCCCAGGGCGGGCCGCGGCGGCUCGCGGGGUGCAAGGUCUCCCCUCUCAUGCCCGUACAUUCUCCUCCCACUUCCUUCUGCCCUCCGUGCCCGCAGAGCGUUCUUCAGCGGUGCUGAGGACCGGCACUGGGCCGGGAGACGCUGCCUGUGCCUGGUCUCUCCCAGGCAGGUUCCCGUGUGUCGGCAGGUGGUUUUUCUUGAGCAGGGCCUUUGCUGAGGGGAGACUGGAGUCUGGGUGAAAUCUGGGGCCGUGGCCCCAGUGCUGGAGCCGUGCUGGUGACCGUUCUUCCUGGGAGCAGCUGGUGCCGGCGAAAUGCCACUGCCGGCAGUGCCGGUUCACGGCCGGUUUCCUGCCCAGCUGUGCGGCCGAUUAGGAGCUGCUGUUCCACCCUACAAGUGACAGUGCUCGGCUGCAAGGACUUCACUGUGUAAGAUAAGGAAGGUGCCGGCAGCUGCGGCCUGGCUCGGGUGUUGUCCGAUACAACCCAUCAGCAGGAGAGCGCUGUGGGGAUCGGUUCUGCCAGCAGCCUCCCAGUGCUUCCUGGAAUCACCUGGAAGACAUCCCGGGUCAUAUCUCAGCAUUAGAAAUGUCCCGCCCGCUCUGUGGUGGAAGCCGCAGGGAGUGCACCGCCGCCUCCAGCCCCCACCGCUGUUCCUGUGCUGGGGACAGCACAACCCACAGCUGCCCUGAAGCCCUUAAGCUGAGUUGGUUUAGCCAAGGACAUUCUGCCGGGGCUGUAGCAUGGUGGGAGCCGACGCGGAGUCUCUUUCUGGUGGGAUUGUGCUGACGCCAGUGUCUGCCCCACGGCUCAUGGCCCCUCUUCAGCCUCUUUUCAGUCUGCCUCGGUAGGGAGCAAAUCCCAGGGCGAGCAGCUGGCAGCACAGAUGUGUGCUCCCCCUGCUCCUGCCAGGGUGUGGGGCUGCACUCCCACCCCCUUCCCAGCAUCUCCCCAUAGGGACAGCAGCAAAACUGAACCCAUCCCAGAGCAGAACUGACCGAGAGCAGUGGUGUGGCUCAAACGCCUCUGGACUGUGGGGAAGAGGUAUCCUGGGCAGAGAACCAUCCUGGCUGCUCCUGCCUUGCCGAGCUGCUGCACCGGUGGGAGAAUGUGGAGAGCACAGUCCUGUCCCGGCACUGUGUCCUGAGCUGGGCCCUGUCAUGGCUCAGGCUGGCCCCAGGGAGAUGGGGAUUGGGCAGUGCUGGUAAUCCCGCUGCACCCAAGGGAUUACUGCUCACUCUGGCCUAGGGAUUAAGGGAUUUCUCUAAGUGGGGUUGAUGCAGCCUCCAGCAAAGCAGCUUGUGCCUGGGGGGCCUUAUUGUCUGGGACAGGAUGGGUGUGUGAUGGCAGGGUGGGCUGUACGAGGUGUGGGGGAUCCCCAGGAGGGUGGGGUGACAGGUCUGCAGCAGGCUGGCUGAGGGGGUCCUCACCCAGGUAGUCACUGCCCUCCUUGCCACCAGCCUGUAAAAUCCUGUUUUGCCAGUGGGUGCUGGCAGCCCUUUGGUACAGGUUUGGCUGUCCCAUCCUCGGACCACAGCAUGUCCCUGGACACCAGGGUUCACUCCUGGGGGAGCUGCUGCUGAUGCCCCAGCGCUUCCUUUGCACAGUGUGGGGUCAGCCUGGGCGAGUUGCUGGGCCCAGCUUGGGGAGUGACUCUUCCACAGAGCUCAGGGAUGGACUCCCAGGUCACAAGCAAAGACAGUGUUGGGGUAGCACCAGGCUUGGAGAGCAGAGCCAGGGGCUUGGGUAGAGGCAGUUGCCCAGUUCCUCUCGUGAGGUGUUUGGAGCAGAGAACAGUGAGCCCUGCUGCUGUCAGGGCUGUAGCUAUGGUUUGUAAACACCCCACCUUGCCUGGACAGGGUGCAAGGACCCAGCCAGGCAUCCAGGUCACUCUGUGGAAGAUGCCACCUGGCCCUGCCCCAUCCCAGUCACAGCACCCACAUGCCUGUGUCACACUGGCGUUUAUCCAGUGCCAGUCCAGGCCCAGGCAGGCGCCUGUACAGCACGUGCCCAGCUCAGUCUCCCCUGUGUCCCCAGCUCCCUUGGCUUGCCCUUUUGCCUUCUGGUGAUGUGCUAACUGCUGCUCUGGCCCUUGGGAAAGGGGAAGUGGUGUUGAAAGCAGAAGGUCAGUCGCAUCAGCAGUGAGUGCCUGGCUGCCCUCACAGUCCUGUCAGCUGCCCUUCUCCACUCUCUCCUCCUCUCUGCAGUCACACUGCUCCUGGGAUCAGGAACUGCUCCUGCCUGCCAGGGUGCCCUUCCCCACUGCCCGCCCGGUCUGGGCUUCUGCCUGCCCUACUCAAGUUACUCCUGGCUCAGCGAUCCCAGUGGAUGCAGGGGCGGGUGAGCGGAGCUGUUGGGCUGCUCCUGCCCUGACAGGCCCUGGGGUUUGUUACUCACGGCCAUGCCCUGUGCUCAAGAUCGCUCCUGCUUUGAGGAAAGGAGCUGUCAUUCCGGUUUGGGGUUCGCUCAGCGCCUGUGGGGUGGGAGGGUUGCGCAUUUCCUCAGCUCCAGAGCUGUCCCCCAGCCUGAGAUCCUGGGGUAGGACCCCUGGUUCCUGCUGCAGGAGCCCCCCACACACCAGGGCCGCAGCAGAGUGGGCAGUACGUCUGGGGCAUGACCGGGGCUUGGAGUCUGCUCGUGCUGGCACACAGGGUUGGCUGAGCCUGUCGGGCUGGGUCAGGCUGGGGAGCGGGGACCAUGAUGGCACCCCCACGCUCGCACUGCCGCGCUUCUCUGGGUGCACCUUCCUUCAUGCGGCGCUCGUUGCUAUGCGACCGCCAGCUCCUGAUGCUUAAUGCUCUAAUACGGAGGGAUAAAACCACUCUAAAAAUACACUGCUGCCGGCCCCCUGCGGGGGCAAAGGGGCUGCCAGGGGGCAGGCAGCCUGGGCAGGGGGGCUGCCGGGAAGUUCUGAAACUCCUCGUCCUCCAAGUGGCUUUGAGCCGCCCGCUGUGGCUCCGGCAGUGGCACGGACUGGUGUGCUGGUGCAGCGGGGAUUGGCUGGGGCUGGCGCGUGGGCUCCUGCGGCUGGAGCUCCCCUACCAGAGCCAGCUCCAGACAGAACUGGGACUGCUCCGACUCCCCUGCUUGCACCCUGCCCCAGGCACUGGGGAGCUGCCCUAGGUACUGGCUACCUGUCUAGUACUGGGGAGCCCAUUGCUCGGCCACGCACACCUGGCUGGCCUCUGUGUGCUCCUGCCUGACCUCUGCCCGUCCCUGCAUUGCCCUCUCGGAGCUGGUGGCAUCCUGCGUGGGACCCCCGCAGCAUGGGGACAGUCAGCGAGCUCUGCGCCUCCAGUUUCCAGGCAUUCCUCUGCCCCUCCGUGGCUGCCAAGGCAGUGCCCAGUGACCUGACCCCAGAGGAGUGCCAGGAGCUGGAGAACAUCCGCCGCCGAAAGCAGGAGCUACUGGCUGACAUACAGCGCCUGAAGGAUGAGAUAGCAGAAGUGACGAAUGAGAUCGAGAACCUGGGCUCCACAGAGGAGAGGAAAAACAUGCAGAGGAACAAGCAGGUGGCCAUGGGCAGGAAGAAGUUCAACAUGGAUCCCAAGAAGGGCAUCCAGUUCCUGAUUGAGAACGACCUGCUGAAGAACACGUGCGAGGACAUUGCUCAGUUCCUGUACAAGGGAGAGGGCCUCAACAAGACAGCCAUCGGCGACUACCUGGGCGAGAGGGAUGAGUUCAACAUCCAAGUCCUGCAUGCCUUUGUGGAGCUGCACGAAUUCACUGACCUCAACCUUGUGCAGGCCUUGCGGCAGUUCCUGUGGAGCUUCCGGCUGCCAGGGGAGGCACAGAAGAUUGACCGGAUGAUGGAGGCCUUUGCCCAGCGGUACUGCCAGUGCAACCCUGGUGUCUUCCAGUCCACAGACACCUGUUACGUGCUGUCCUUUGCCAUCAUCAUGCUGAACACAAGCCUGCACAAUCCCAACGUGAAGGACAAGCCCACGGCAGAGCGAUUCAUCGCCAUGAACCGCGGCAUCAAUGACGGGGGGGACCUGCCGGAGGAGCUGCUCCAGAAUCUGUACGAGAGCAUCAAGAAUGAGCCCUUCAAAAUCCCUGAGGAUGAUGGCAAUGACCUCACACACACCUUCUUCAACCCCGACCGGGAGGGCUGGCUCCUGAAGCUCGGAGGCAGGGUGAAGACGUGGAAGCGGCGCUGGUUCAUCCUGACUGACAACUGCCUUUACUACUUCGAGUACACAACGGAUAAGGAGCCCCGUGGCAUCAUCCCCCUGGAGAACCUGAGCAUCCGUGAGGUGGAGGACUCAAAGAAGCCCAACUGCUUUGAGCUCUACAUCCCUGACAACAAGGACCAGGUGAUCAAGGCCUGCAAGACAGAGGCAGAUGGGCGUGUGGUGGAGGGGAACCACACCGUGUAUCGCAUCUCUGCCCCCACGCCUGAGGAGAAGGAGGAGUGGAUCAAGUGCAUCAAGGCAGCCAUCAGCCGGGACCCCUUCUACGAGAUGCUGGCUGCCAGGAAGAAGAAGGUCUCCUCCACCAAGAGGCACUAGCAGCCAGACUGGCCCUGUGAGGCCAGCCCAAGUGACCCCCUGUCAUGGGGGCAUGUGGGCUGGGGGCCACGCUGCAUGCUGGCCCUUGAGGCCCAGGGCCCAGCUUCAGCUUAGCCAUUUCUUUACUGUGGGGGGAGGGAAGGGGCACGGGCAUCUCAGUGACUCUGGCCCCCCAUCACUGCCUCAUCACCAGACAGCGUCUUCACAGGCUCAAGCUGGAACACAGCACCCCUGGGAGCCCUGGCCUCAGCACCACGGGCACCCUCCCUGCCUCGGACCCCCAGGAAGCCUGUGGCCACACGGUACUGGGUCUCCCCAGCACCCGUGUUCAGACGCUCUUGGGGUGUUCCGUCAGGAGGGCGAGCAGCUGCUGGUGUGCCGCUGGCGGUUUUGGGGUGCCACAGGUGCUGGGGUGCAAGGUGUCAGCCCCAGGGGGGCCCUGCAGAGAUACAGCUCCCAGCCCUCGUUGUAGCGGGCUGGGUCUGUCCUAGGUGUCCCCACGCUGCUGCCUUGGACCCUCCCAGCCACCCCCUGCACUGGAAUGGUCCCACAGACACAGGAAGGAUGAAGGGCAGGGACUGUUGACGAGCAGUGGUGCCCCACAGGGCAGAGAUUUGCCCUCACCCAGCUGUGGGAGCUGUGGCUGGGAUUUGGCAGCACUCGGUGGCAUUGCCCCAGCACAUCCUUGUGUCGUGGCCCUCAUGCCAGGGGGGCACGGUGCCCUGGUGGAUCCUGCCUUCGGGAUGGCUGCUGGUGGGGAUCUGGCUGGGUGGGGGCUGUGGCCCCACCUCUCUGCCUCACAAUCGCCUGUGUCAUGUCCUGUCCCCAUCCCCACUCACGGUCUGGCGCCUGGAUCAGUAUUAGUCUAUUUAUCAGAGGUGUAAAUACUCCUGUAUAGUUUUCUCCUUGUAGAUUAUUUUGUAUGUGGGUGGUUCAGUGCAGAGGCCUCACAGGAGUGGGGCGGGUGGGCAGGAUUUUUUAUUCUAACCUUUUUUUUUUUUUUUUUUUUUUUUUUAAUUUGCCAUGGCCUUGUAAACUAGUGCUGAAGAUCAGCAGCAAAUAAAUACUUGCACCACG